CGUCUGUUACCGAGCCUAAAUUCUUGGUGGGCCGGCGCUGCAUGGGCGGCCGCUCUGGACAUAAAUUGCCUGCGAGCACCGCCUUUCCUCGGGCCGCGAGCCCUUUCAAGACAACACCAAGAACAAGAACUGUGCUGUAGCUGUUCGCCAUUCAAUCAAGAACAAGCUAAACGAGACGCACAACUCGUCGUGCCGUCGCGGCGAGCGUGCGAGCUCCGAUUGCCACUGCAUAGACUACAUUAGUCUUUUGCCAUGGCAUCAGCUCUCGCGCAGCAGUUGCAGGCGCUGCAGAAGCAGCGCCAGCCGGCAUUGGCCCCGGCGCUGAAGAAGGGCAAGCCGUCGCUGCUGUUCGACGCCCAGAAGGCGGCUGAUGUCGAUCUACAAACAAUCUACGAUCUGUCGACGCAAGGUCUGGAGGAGCUGGUCCGCUUGGAGCCGCGCUUUCGUCCCUUCCGCGAGAGCCUGUUCAGCCGGGCCUCGUUGGACAUCAACCCGGAGCUGCAGACGGCCGAGUUCCUGUCGCGGCUUGACGAGUCAAUCGGCAGUUUCUGCCUGCUGCUGACGAACCAUUUCCUGGCGCCGCCCGCCUUUAAAGCACUGGAGUACCUAAUCCGCCGCUACAAGGCCAACGAGCGCAACGUCGACGCGCUGCUGACGGCCGCGCUGCCCUACCACGCCACCAACGAGUUCGUGCGGCUGGUGCAGACGCUGGCGCUGGGGCCGCCCGGCAGCCUGUGGGGUUGGCUAGCCAAGAUGCAGACCAGCGGCGCCUCGCUGCCUCGCGACCUACUCGCGCAGCGCGCUGCCAACGACAAGCAGCUCCUCAUAUUUAUCUGCAAGGCCGCGGGCCGCCUUGGCGGCGGCGCAGCCGCCACCACCGGCGCCGAAGGUGCCGGCGCCGCCGCCUCCGGCGGCGCGCUGGCUGGCUUCGCCAGCCGCACCUACCUGUCGUUCUACGCGGUGGUGCUGUGCGAGGUGCUGGCGGUGCUGCGUUCUGUGGGCGAGGAGGCGCUGGCGACGCUGCUGCCGCACCUGCUGGCGGGGCUGGGGCCGGGCGCGGUGCAGGACUAUCGGGCCGCCACCCUGAUGGCGGUGGCGGAGCUGUGCAGCCGGGCCACACUGGGCCGCGACUUCGUCAAGGUGCUCCUGAACACGAUGCUGAAGCACACGGAGAUUGUGUCGGAGCACAUCCGCACUGCGCUGCUCGUGAUGGCGCACAUGGCCGUCACGCAGCCGCACAUCCGUACCCUCUCCGACAAGACACUCAAGUACCUGUCGGCGCUGCCCAACUUUGUCGGCGAGCUGGCGGCUCUCUCACAGCGGCCCAACAUCCGCCUGGCGCCGCUGCUGCAGCUGCUGUGCCGCUCCAUGGCCGCCGCACUCUCGGCCGCCAGCGCCAGUGGCGGCGCCGCCCGCCGGGCCGAGGCCGACCUUUUGGCGCUGGCACACGGCGGCGCGCUGCGUGGCGAGCCCGCGCAUGCGCUGGCGAGUGCGCUGCUGGAGGCUGGCGGAGCUGCGAAGGCCGAGGCGUCGGUGCGGACGAGCUGCCAGAAGGUCCUGCGGGUACUGGACCAACGCUACCCCGAGACCACCGAUGCCGCCGUCAACGCCUUCCUCGAGCCUCUCCGCGAGCAGCGCCGCAAGGCGGCAGCCGCCGCCGCCGCAUCCGCCGCCCCUGCUGACGCGGACGACGACGCCAGCAAGCGCAAGAAGCGACAGAAGACUGACGGCGCCGCCAAGAAGGCUGCAAGCACCAAGAAGACCGCCGCCGGCUCCGAUGAUGACGAGGACGAAGAGGACGAGGCCGGCGGCACCGCCGAGACGGCCGAGGCCGCCGCUGCGGCGCUGGCGCCGGAGGACCGCGCGCGCUUCGAGUUCGUGCGCGCCACCUUUGCGGCCGGCGGCUACUCGGCGCCGUGCGGCGGCACCAUGAUGACACUGGCGGCAGCGCUGGCGGCGCCGCAGGCGGCGGUCCGCCGCAUGGCACUGCAGCAGCUUGACUCUGACUUGGCGGCGCCGUCAGGCUCCAAGAAGGGCAAGGCUGCUGCUGGCGGCACUGCUGCUGCUGAAGCACCGGAGGCCUCGGAGGCGCGCGCUGCGCUGACGGCGGCGGCGCUGGAGCGGCUGCGCGAUGACGACCUGAGCGUCGUGACGGCGGCCCUGGGCCUGUCGUGUCUCAAGGCGCUGCCGCCGGCCGCGCUGCUGGACGCUCUGACGCCGCUGAGCCACAAGCUCGGCACCUACCUGUACGGAGCCGCCAAGCUGCCGCAGCUGCGCGCUGCCCGCAAGGCGGCGCGCAAGGCGGCAGAGCUGCUGGGGCACGCGGGCGCCGCCGCCGUGGGCUCUGCCGCUGUCGUGCAGGCGGCGGCGCUGCAGCUGGCGGCGCUGCUGCUGCCCAGCGGCCGCGACCCCCGCAUUGCGGUGGAGGCGGCGCGCGCCGCCGCCGGUAUGAAACAGCACGUGCCGAUCUUUGCCGGCCUGGCGGCGGCGCUGCCGGAGUUGGAAGCGGCUGCCAAGGGCCCGGCUGCGGACGGCGCUGCCGCGGCCGGCGGCAAGUCGAGCAAGGGUGGCAAGAAGAAGGGUGCCAGCUCCGAGGAGGCCGCCGAGGACGGCGGCAAGAAGUUGUCUAAGAAGGCCCAGCGCGCCGCCGCCGCCGCUGCUGUGGCACGCGGCAUUGUCGCUGCCCUGGCCAAGACUGUCACCACCGACCCCGCCGCUCGCUCGCGUGAGCUGUCAGAGCUCGUGGCGGCGUCGGCGGCCGACGCCGCUGCUGGCGGCGCGGCCGCCGCCGCUGCGAUGCGGGCCCAGCAGGUUGCCCUUCUGGCUGCGCACGCCGCCGCUGCCGCCGCCAGCCCCACCACCGCCGCUGCCGCGCACACCUCUACUCCUGCCAAGGCGUCCAAGGCCGCAAGCGGCAGCAGCACCACAAUGCCGCUGCUCCGUGCUGCCGUUGGCCUGGCGGAGGCUCUGCUGCCCGCCGCCGCGGCGGCCGCCGCCGGCGUCUCUACCAGCGACGGCCUGGACUGGUUCGCCGCCUUCGCCGAGCGCGUUGCCGCCGCCGACGGCCUGCCAACCGCCGCCCUACUGCCCGCGCUUUCCUCCGACCCUUCCGGCUCCCACGAGGCCCUUGUCCUGGGCAGCCUGCGCGCCAACCUGGCUCGCUUGCCAGAGGCCGCCGCUGCUGCCUCUGCCGCGCAUGUGGACGGCGGCAGUGCCCGCCAGGUGCUGACUCAUCUGGCGGCGCUGCGCGGUGGCGCCGCCGCGCUGCAAGACCUGCCGUCUCUGGUCGUCACCCGCUCCGUCGGCCCUGGCGCCGCUCGUGGCGGCUUCCUCGCCGCCAUCUACGCCGCUCCCUCGGCCGAGGCGUCGACACCGGUGCAGCUCAAGGUCCUGGCGCUACACGUCCAGGCGGCGCUGGUGUCUGCCGGCGCCGCUGACGUCAGCAGCUGGCUGCCGACGCUGCUGGUGGCGCUAGCGGCGCCGGAGGCGGCUGUGCGCACCGCCGCCUGUGACGUCCUGGCGCCGCUGGCACAGCUGCUGUCAAGCGGCAAGGCCUCUGCCGGCAAGGUGAUGUCGGCGUCCUCGGCCGCGGCACUCUGCAGCGGUCUCCUCGCACACCGCGCCGCCAUCUGCCGCGACGCCGAUGCGACGGCGGCACUUCUGCGGAGCACCGUGACCGGCUCGGCCGCCGCCGCCACUCCUGAGGCAGCAUCUGCCGCCACGCCAAGCAAGCGCGGCAAGGCCGCCCCCAAGACCGCCGCCGACGGCGCCGCUGGCACCACCGGGGCGCCGCUGGCGCUGAGCCCCGGUGCCACCGCUGAAGUGGCCACCUUCCUUGCGUCCAGCCUCUCCGAGGCCGCAGCUGAUGCCGUCGGCACCGCCACUGCGCUCGCCAUCCUCGCGUGCCUGCUCUCGCCAGCUUCGCCCUCUACCGCCGCGUCUAUGACGGCUCCGCCGGCCGAGCUCUUCGCCGCUGCCAGCUCAUUCCUGGGCACGGUGGCCGCGGCGCUCCGCGAGCGCCCCGCCGCCGCCACCGCCGCCCACGCCGCCGCUGUGUCUCAGGUUCUCCGCCUCUACACGCCCGCUGCCGCCGCCGCCCACGCCGACCGCGUCGGACAGCUUGCAGAGGUCGCAGAGCUACUGCCGGCCGCCGUCGCGGCUACGUCCAGCGCCGCCAGUGACGCGCUGGCGGCGGCUCGCCUGGCCGCCGUAAGCUGCAUUACGCCGGCACUCUUCGCCACGCUGCCGCCGGUCGGCAACGCGGUGCGUGAGCUCUUUGCGGUGCUGCUAGGUCGCUACGAGAGCGACCCCGACGAGGCCGUCCGCGCCGCCGCCCGCGCCUCGCUGGAGGCCGUGCCCCUGUCGGCGCAGCUCAUCAUUCCGCUGCUCGAGCCCGCCGCCGCCGCGCCCCCUCCCGCUGCCGCCACCGUUGCUGCCCCCACGCCUGCCAAGAAGAAGAGCAAGAAGGCUGACGGCGCGGCGGCUGACGCCGCCGCCGCACCUGCGCCUCCGGCGCCGACUCCGAUUGACCCCGCGGCGCUCCGUGACGCCGUGGUUGCGCUGGAGCUGCUGCAGUGGCGCUCGGGCAUCACUGCGGCUGCGACGCUGGUGCCGGCGCUGCAGGCGCUGCUGCGGCGUCUCCUGCCUGUGGUCGGCAGCAUUGCCACGACGCUCCGCUCCUCCGCAGAGGACGAGGACGAGGCCGCCGAUGCCGACCAGGACCAGGCGGCCUCCGAUGCUGCUGACGGCGGCAAGUCCUCUUUGGCCGGCUACGCCGCCACGCUGACGCUGCAGGCGCUGACGGCACUGGCGGCGCCGGCGGCGGCCGUUGACGGCGGUGCCUUUGACCUGGCUUUGGCGGUGUCGGCGGCACGCGAGGCUCCCGACGCGGCGGUGCGCAACGCGGCGCUGUCGCUGUUGGCGGCGCUGGCGUCUCGCAUGCCGGAGGCGGCGCUGUCGCACGUGCUGCAGGUCUUGGCUGUGGUGCACCAGUCGGCCGCACUCGCCGACGACGAGCACAGCCGCGCAGUGGGCGCCACGGCUCUGUCGGCAGUGGUGCCGGCCUGGGUGGGCGCCGGCCGCCGGCCCGCGGCGCUGUGGGAGCAGGUGGUAGGCUCGCUGCCCGGCCUGCCGCCGCACCGCCGCCUGGACUUGCUGCUGGCCCUGAUGCGAGCUCUGCCUCAGGUCGAGCAGGGUCUGUCAGACGGUCUGCUGGUCAUGCUGCAGCACGCGGCUGCUCCCUCCGCCACCCCCUCCACCCCCGCCGCCGCCGCUGCCGCCAAGACGCCAAAGAAGGCCGGCAAGAAGGGCGCCGCAGCUGCCCCCGAGACGCCGGCUGGGGAGGCUGGCGCUGCGCCGCCGCCCUCCGUGUGGCUUCCGGAGUUGGCUUCGCAGGUCGCGCUGCAGGUGGAGCUGCCUGUGCGCCUGGGCUGCUGCGCGCGUGUGAUGCAGCUGGCGCUGGCCGAGUCCGGCCGCAAGGCGCACACGGCCCUGCCGCGCGUCGUGGUGGCCUUCGUCACCGCACAGCUCAAGCUCAAGGUCGCGCUGUCCGCUGCCACGGCCGCCCACCGCCGCCCCGAGGCCGACCCCGCCCUGGAGACGGCCUGCCGCUCCCUCAUGACCGCCUCCCUGGCCCAGAUGCAGCUGCUCCAGCCCACCUCCACCUCGGCCCCAGGCACCGCCGCAGCCACCACCAACUCGCGCGCCGUGCUGGCCGCCAGCCGCGGCCUGUAUGCGCUGUUUGGGGCGCUGCAGGGCGUCAUGGCGCCCGACGCCUACCUGCAGGCGCUGCUCACGCUGGCUGAGCACCCCGCCGACAAGGUCAAGCGCCGCGCGCUCAAGCUCUUCACCGACAAGGUCCGCGGCGUGCGCGGCGAGAUUGCCGACCAAGUCGAGCUGCCUCACCGGGUGCGGGAAGCCAAGCUGCGGCAGGCGGCUGACGCCGCCGGCCGCGCCUGCGCCAUGCUGCCGCCGCUGCUGGCCGCCAGCGGCGACGCGGCCGCGUCGCCGCUGACGCGGCAGCUGGCGCUGGUGGCCCUGGCGGCCAUCGCUACCGAGUUCGGGCAGGCGCAGGCGGCGGCGCUGCUGGCCGGCGUGCCGGCGGUGCUGGCAGCGACCAAGGACUCGCACGCCGCCAUUCGCGCCAGUGCGCUGGCGGCGGUGGCGGCGUUUGUGCGCGCGCUUGGGCCCAAGCUGGUGCCUGUGCUGCCGUCGACCGUGGCCGCCGCUGUGGCGGCGGCGGACUCUGCCUGGGGCCGCCUCGCCCGCGCCGGCACGGCUGCUGACGCCGCCAUGUCGGAUGCAGAUGAUGAGGACGAGGCCGCUGGCGCCGUCACCGACUCGGACGACGAGGAGGACGGAGACAGCGAUGACGAAGGUGACGGCAAGACGCAGAAGAAGCGGAGGAGCAAGGCCAGCAGCGACGCCGACGAUGCGGCGCUGGAGCUGAGCAGCGCCCUGGCCAGCCUCAACGCGCUGGUCGAGAGCCUGGGCGGCUUCCUGUCGCCACACCUGGCCGCGGUGCUGGCCAUCCUGCUCAACCCGCGCGUGCUCGCCUGCCGCGUGGCCGGCUGCGACCAGUUCGCCGCCAGCAUCCGCUCCGCCCUGCCCGGCGCCAUCCCCGCGCGCCUGCUUCUGCCCGCCCUCUUUGAGCGGCUGCAGCCCUGCAUUGACGCCGCCGCCGACUGCGCCGGCGCCGCCGCCGCAGCGGCGCCCGCCGUGGCGCUGCUGGACAUGGUGGGCGCCGCCGCCGCCGCCAUGGAGGCCAAGGUGGCGGCGCAGUACGCGGACGCGCUGUUCAACUUCCUGCUGCGCGCGCUCGACGUACGGCAGCGCCGCCCGGCGGCGCUGGUCGCGCACAGCGACGCUGCGAUUGACGCCGUGGAGGCCGCCGCCACCCGCGCCCUCGUGGCGCUGACCAUGAAGCUAAGCGAGGCCCGGUUCAAGCCCAUGUUCCUACGCCUGCUGGAGUGGGCCAGCACCGUGUCGGUUCCGGAGGGCAGCGCCGAGCCGUCGUACCUGGGCCGCAUGGUGGCGCUGUACGGCGCGGUCAACGCGUUGACCGACCGGCUGCGCUCCGUACUGGUGCCGUACUUCCGGUACCUGCUGGACUCGGCGAUCGCGCACUUGGGCGGCGACGACGGCGCAGCCGCCGGCGCAGCCCGCCGCGGCAAGAAGAAGCAGAAGCGCGCCUCCGCCGCCGCCGCGCUGGCGGAGGCUGAGGCGGCGGCCGCCGCUGCCGACGGCGCCGACGACCAGGCGGCAGCGCAGGUCAAGCUGGCGUGGCUGCUGCGCCUGCGCAUCAUUCGCGCGCUGCACCGCUGCUGCCUGCACGACACCGUGAGCUUCAUCGACGCGGAGCGCUUUGCUCGCCUGCACCCCGCGCUGCUGUCCCAGCUCGAGGCGGAGCCGCCGGCGGCCGCUCUGCCGCUGCUGCUGUCGCCCGCCCAUGCCGAUGCCGACCUCUCCGCCUACCUGCGCCUGGGCUCCGCCACGCGCUCCUACACCGCCGCCGACGGCGCCGCCGCCACCUCGGGCCCGCUGGGCGCCGCGGCCGUGGGCUGCCUGCUGGCGCUGGCGGUCGCCGCCAACAGCGAUGCGCUGUGGAAGCCGCUCAACCACGGCGCGCUUAUGCUCACGCGCAGCAGCGAGCCACGCGUGCGCGCGCUGGCGCUGGAGGUGGUGGCGCAGCUGGUGGACCGGCUGCGUGAGGAGUACCUGGUGCUGCUGCCGGAGAGCCUGCCCUUCCUCAGCGAGCUGCUGGAGGACGUGGACGCGGGCGUGGCGUCGCGGGUGCGGCAGGUUGUGACGCAGCUGGAGGAGAUCAGCGGCGAGAAGCUGGACGAGUAUCUUAAGAUUGCGUAAACAGCGCGGAAGAGGUUGUACGUGCACGCACUUUGUAGUUGAGUGGUUUAAAUGCGGGGAUGGAAUGUGAUGACGGAGCUGGUGGUGUGCGAUGGGACAGUGGUAAGGCAGGAGCUGGUGGUCUGAUGGGGAUCUAAAUAGGAUGGCAACUGGAGUGGAAGAGGAUGUUGAGAAGUCUGUGUCUGCAUUGGCUUCAGGCGAGGUACCGACCCUUGUAAAUGUCAUUCAGUCACGCGGUCUCCUGGCCAUGAUGCGGGAUAACGGGUUUCCGUACGGGCUUGACAUGGGUUUUUGCAAACAGAUGAGGGUCCCUUCCAGUAGUCCCU